AUGCCAACAUAUUCACUUUUAACGUCGCUUUUCAUUAGCAUAACAGUUGCAAGUAUGAUUUCAACAAUACUUCAAUUAUAUUCAUUAAUCAAAUCACCAUAUUACUUUACGAAAUGGACAAUUUUUCAAAUAGGCGUUGUACUCUUAUUACUUCAAAUUUUUACCAUUACUCCAAUAACAAUUUAUGGUGAUGGUUUAAUGGAUCAAACAUUUGACGGCAGCACAAAAACAUUAAUUUGUAUACUACAAAAGAGUAUGACACAAUUCGUUAUAUACCCCGCAUGUUUAAUUCCUUUAGUUUUAGCAAUUUAUCAAUGGUACGCAAUAUCAAAAAAUGAUUUGAGUAUCGAGAAAACAUGUUUUUGGUAUUUCACCAUUUCUAUUUGGGGUGGUGCGUUAGCCUACGCAUUGAUAAUUGUUUUUAUGGAUAGAAAUAAAAGAUUUCGGGGUACUAUGGUUACCCGGUAUUAUUGUAAGCCUCGUUUGGAUGAUGGGCUGGAUCUUUUUAUUGCGGGUUUUAUUGCGGUUAGUCAUUCGUUAUACGUUUUAUUUUUUCGUUGGAAAAAUUUUGAAAAAUGUCAUAAUCGUUUAACAGCAAUUAGAUUGGGGUAUGCGAUUAGAUCUAGCAUCUAUAUAAUAUCUUAUAUCUGUUUAACAACUACUUAUAUUAUCUCGGUCAUAUUAACAAAACCACAAUUUUCAACGGAUGGGGAUCGUGAUGAAUCAUAUUACGUUUCCGAUUUUAUUUGUUCUUCAAGCACAAAAGUUUUGAACACUAAUAAUAUGAACGAUAAUGAUGUCGGUUCCGAUAAUAAUAUUAAUACUAGUACUUGUAGUGAUUAUGAUCAUUUUAAUUAUUUUAAUGAUGAUCGUAUUGAAAUUAAUGAGACAUGGUCAUCACAUACUUGUCAAUCCUAA